AUGGGGAACGAGCGCACGCCGCCAGCGCCAGCUCCGCCAGCGACGUCUCGCUUCCGAGCGUUCACGACGGCGCUGGGGUUCAAGCCGUCGAUGGCCCGGUCCUCGUCCGACCAGUCAUCGGCGCCCAAUAGCUCCCACCAGCGGCCAGUCAGCACGUCGGCCAUCCGCCCGCUCUUCGGCAACUUCACGCUCUACCUGCGCGUGCACUCGGCGCGCGGGCUGCCGGCGGUGGCCCAGAGCUCGUACUGCAAACUGUAUCUGGGGGACUCGCCCAUGGUCGGCGGCUUCGGCCAGGGCAAGUCCCUCGUGGGGGGCCACGACAAGAAGAAGAAGAAGAAUCUCGGCAGCAGCCACCAGACGUUCCAUACUAAAGUCCAGUCAAGCGCCGCGAGGGACUGCCCCGAGUGGAACGAGAAGUUCCAGAUGAACGUGAAGGACCCAAACACCGAAGUGCUGACGAUCCGCGUCAAGAACCACGUUCUGUUAUACAGUCCGGCUAUCGGCGCGUGCGUUGUCCACUUGCGGCAACUUCAACUUGGACAGACGGUGGACGAGUGGGUCCCCCUCUACAAGAACGACAAGGCCAGCGGACAGAUCCGACUGCAGCUCUGUCUGCAGGAGAACAAUUUCACUCCGGAGCCCAAGCGGCGGUACUCCCAGCCGAGUGAAGAAAUGGUGCAGAGACUGAUGCAGCAGCAUCGGGAGCUGGAGGAGGCCCAACGACGAGAGUUGGAGCGCGAGCAACAGGAAAGAUGGAGGCAGUUGGAGGACGAUGCGAUGAAGCGGGUGGGGCUUGAAGAGCAGAUGGAGAGGGAGGAGAAGUGGAGACUGCAGUGUGAGAAGAGAAAGAUGGAGGAGGAGAAGGAGGAGAAGCAACGAUAUGUUCAAGCCGAAGAUUCGGAUUCGGAUCUGCCGCCGAGUUUCAAGUAUCGAGGGGUGAAGAAGGAAAAGGAGAAGGAUGCGACGAAGUUGAUGGAAGAAUUAAACUUGCGGGAGGAUUUGGAGAAGAAGGAUGCGCUUGAGACCAAGUUUGGGGUUCCUAGGGGUUAUACCAUUUACGGCGUGGACACUGGCAAUGGACCUGGCCGCGAGUUGACGAGUUUUGGAACGAUCCGAUUGUCGGUGGAAGACCUGGACCAAGUUGUGCACAACGCGUUGCCCACCUCGGACUCGUCCGAUUCGACCGAGUCGGAGCACGAAAUCCGCCGCCGUCGUCGUAGAGACCGCGAAAAUAACAAGAAGCGUCGUAACGUUAGCAAGAAAACGAAAAAACACUCCAAGCGACGAGACUACAGUGGCGAGGAUUCUUCGGAUUCGAGCUCGGCGUCUUCGGCGGGAUAUCGCAAGAAAAAGAGUUCCUCGAGAGUCAAGGUGCCGGAGGAGAAUUUCAUCACGAAGAAAUCGAUUCAGGGCUCCGUUUCUUCCCGAAGCGAAGAAAACAACCAGAACCAGACCUACCCGACUGAGAAUAUCCCGGUCACCUUGACGUUCCCAACCAGUGAACCGGGCGAAAAUUUGUCUUCUUCAUCUUCAGAAGAUGAACGCCGCCGCCGCCGCCGUCGGCAUCGCCGAGCUGAAAAGGCCAAGAAGCGAGAGAAGGAGAAGAAGCGCCGCUCGAAGCGAAAGCACCCGAAAUCUCGACGGAACUACGAAAGCAGCUAUUCGUCAUCGUCGGUGUUCUCCUCUUCCUCUCUUUCUUCGCCAUUAUCGUCGUCAGAGGAGGAGCGUCUUCGGCGCAAGCUGAAGAAGAGCGAGUCGAAGAAAGCCAAGGCCCGAGCUAUGCUGAAUGAAAGCGGAGACUCGCGCGCGUCGACGCGGACGUCAGGUAUGGACUAUCAGCACAAGCUUAGCUACGAUGACGACUCGCGGGCCAUUGAUUCCAACUCUUCCUCGUGUUUGGCGCAGCACUGGGCUCCGGAGCGAGCUGAUGUUGCACAGCCGAUGGGUCAAAUAACUCGAGCUGCCAAGAUCAGUAUGGAGGGCAAAGGCGGAGAUGCGGCGUAUGUCAACAACAGCAACAUUUAUGGCCCCGAUGGUGUCAGCUUCGGUGAGCCAGACCAGCCCCAAUAUCUUGGCCAAGCUACGAAGGAGCAAGGGCAGACCAACGCGGAACUGACGCGCUCCUUUUGCUUUUAA